AUGGAGGGAGGGAGUGAUGGGACUCCUAAACCAACUGAAACUUGGGCUAAUAAGGUGAAGGGUAGCUCUAUUGCCUCAAAAGGGAAAGCACUAUCAUUUGUCGCCCCUGUUUGUACUGAUGGGAAAGUAAUUGCUUGUUUGCAACAGUCUGAACUUAAUAGAUGCAAUGCCCCGUGGUCUAAUGCUGUAGUGAUGUUUGUUAUUGGUGAGACACCCACAAUUGCUUCUGUAAUGAGGUUUAUCACAAAAGAAUGGAAUCAUGUAGCUAUGCCUAAGGUCUUUCUACAUGAUGAAGGAUAUUUUGUGCUGAAAUUUGGAUCUGUAGAGGAUAAGGAUGUUGUGUUGUUUGCAGGGCCACACUUCUUCUAUGGGAAGCUUACUAUUCUCAAGCAGUGGUCUCCUAGUUUUUGUUUUCAUGAGAAAGUGUUGAAAGUCAUUCCCCUGUGGAUUAAGUUCCCAAACCUGCCUUUGAACCGUUGGGGAGAAGACUCUCUCAGUAGAUUGAGUAGUGUGGUUGGGGUGCCUUUGUAUGCAGAUGAGUGUACUUCUCAGCAUCUUAGAAUUUCCUUUGCUAGAGUGCUUGUUGAGGUAGAUGUAACUAGACCAUUGCCUUCCAGUAUUACUGUAGCAGAUCCCUCAGGACAAGAAUUUGAACAAGCAACAGAGUAUGAGUAG